AUGGUCGAGAGCGCGGCGAGCGAGUGGACGCAGCAGCAGCAGCGGCAGAUGGAGGAGGCCAAGCCGGCGCCCGAGGGCCGCGGGCUCUGGUCGCCCGAGGAGCACCGCCUCUUCGUGGACGGCAUCAAGAUGUUCCCGUCCGGGCCCUGGAAGGACAUCGCCAACCGCGUGGGCACGCGCACGGCGCGCCAGACCAUGACCCACGCGCAGAAGUACCGCCAGAAGAUCGCGCGGCGGCUGCGCAACGCGCGCAUGAACGCCAAGCACAACCUGCCCUUCCUCAUGGAGCGGACCGCGCGCUUCAACGCGCUGCUGAGCAGCGACGAGCAGUUCAACGACUCGAUCCUGGCCACGUCGCUGGCCAUCGCCGCCGAGCAGGAGCUCGACCUGCUGGGCGAGACGGGCGACGGCGGCGCCUCGCCCGUCGGGCACAUGCAAAUGGAGAUGCAGAUGCAACUGCAGAUGCAGAUGGCCGCCCAGCCCAACGUCGCCAUGGAGCCCAUGGGCCCCGGCAACACGUACCAGAAGCAGCUGCCGCUGGCAAUAGACUUCUCCUCCACGGAAGGCAACCCGUACUACCUGGACGGCCCGUCCUACGAGCCGAGCGACAUCGAGUUCGACAAGUGCAUGGACUUCUUGAUCGAGACCUUCCACCGCGAGACCUAA